UGACCUUACUGUGAACGCGUUGGUUUUCGAAUUCGGUUAGUUCAUCACAAUGACAAGCCUUCUUAUUGCCAUGGUGUUAUCGAUGGGCAUUUUCAUCGUCACGCUGGUGUUUAGUUUUCUGGCAGCACGAGGACAAUAUCCCUUUUUGGAGACCACUGGCAACAUUUCAGACGCAUUUGCCACCCACAUAACACCAUCUGGAUGGACCUUCAUCAUUUGGACCUUUAUUUAUAUCUUUCUUGCUCUUGUGAUGGUCUAUGCCUUUGCAGGCCUCUGCCGAAGAAAUGCACUCGGCCUGAUGUACUGCUGCCCUCCGGUUCUUUCACAUGGCUUCUACCUAACUUGGUGCUUAAAUUUUGGCUUCAAUAUCGGAUGGUUGUUUGUGUGGGACAGAAGGCUGGUGUCUGUCGCUCUGGCCUUCCUCAUUGUGGUGACUGUGACCAACUUUGCCAUGAUAUUCUUCUCAUGCUGUGGCCUUCACAUUUACGGCGCCUGGCUCCAUAAAUUCCAUAGGGUUGACCUUUGGCUCGUGCGCGUGUUGGUUCAAAACGGUAUAGCCAUGUACGCAACGUGGACCACCAUUGCGAGCCUCCUCAACCUGGCCAUUGUGCUCAACACGUAUGCAAGCCUGUCCCAAACAUCUGCCGCCACAAUCUCACUUGCCAUUUUGGUCGUGGUGGUGUUUGUAUGGUUUGUCCUAGAAAAUUUCUUUUUGGAUAAACAUGUGCGCUACAUCCUGGUCAUCUACCCCGUCGUCAUCUGGGCGCUGAUUGGAUCCUACACCAAAAACUAUGAUGCAGAAUCGCCCAGUCAAACCGGAAUAUUUGCUGUGGUUGUGCUGGCAGCGGCCUGUGUUCUGUUUGCCACCCGUAUCAUUCUGGUUGUGUGGCGUCACAUCAAGAGUCCGAUCUACAAGCAAAAUAGUGUAGACCUCAGAUUGCCGGUGGACAUAAUCAACAGUCAAAGAAAUAUAUUGUUCAAGUGAGGGUGCUCACUGCACUGCUUUUGUGUGACACUUUGUGUGAGUUAUGCUUGGGAAAUGUGGUUUUUGCAAUUUUGGAAAAUGUUUUGAUGUCAGUGAUUUUUUUUUUGUAUUACCAUAUAUAAUGAAUGCACUUUUUCUUAUACUAUGUGUAUGCAUUGCAUACAUGUCAACUUUUCGGAGCGCCAACCUGUAUAAACUACCAAAAAACUACUUAUCACAUACCAAAGCAUUUUAUAUGUCAAAAUAACGGCCGAAAAAAAAAAACCCACGAAAUGUUCAAUUAUAUUUAUUGUAGAUCUCCAUAAUACAAUGUCUCGUUAAUGUCCAAUCAUCAUUCUACUUAGUGGCAUUACUGUGUUCAGAGUUGUAUUCCUGCGUUACUUUUUUCACCAACUCCUAAUCAUUUGGAGUUGGUGAAAAAAAACCCGGAAAUUUUCAGAAUCCGUAUGAUUUGUGCGAUACGACCAUAUACGUAAUUGUGACAACUUGUGACAACAUUCAUAAUAUCUGCAGGGUGGGCCCAAAGUAUGUAUACCAGUGGCGGGCCGUGCAUUUCAACCAUAGGCCUUCAGUGACGUCACAUACAUUAACACAAUAUAGGCUCGUCAGGCAGCACUUAAUUUCAGGAGCAUUUAAAACCAUCAAGUAUGCAUUAACAAUUAAGAGCAGGAAACUAAAUUUACAGAUAUUGUCAAAAAUAAAAAGAUUUAAGAAAUACUCAAUAAAAUGACACCCAAAUUACGCUGUGUGAUCAUAAACAUGUCUGUCCAAUAUAUUUGCAAUGUUGAAGUUUCAUAUAAGACACCAACCACACAAUAACAAAACAAACUAUUCUUUGAAAAUAAAAUACUCAAUCAUUUGCAUUUUGAGAAUCAGCUAUACAACAUUAAAUAAUUUAAAAUGUUGAGCAGCUGAGAUUGAACUAAUUUUAGUGCACGAAGCUGACUAUAAUGCGCCAUUAUAAAUUGCAGGUGAGCUGAUUUAUUUCAUACAUUUUUGUAUCUUUGUAAUUUUAUUUCGUUUCCAUUUAUACAAACAAAAUAAAAUAAGAAGAAAUGUAAAAUAAAAUUCAUUUACUCACCAAUGUAGUGCCUGUUCACUGAGCUGCAGAUCUACGCGAGUGUCCCCAAACGUUUUUAAACGCACCGUAGCUCGUAAGUGCCCAGCCGUGCUCUGAUGUUUCCUUGCUGCCUUGGUAAAAUAACUUAAAUUGGUCCAUCCAGUGGAAGGUCCGUCUUGAAAAUUGUGUGGAAAGUAGUUCUGCAACCAGAUCAACGUCUUCUCCUUCGGGCAUUUUGGGUCAAAAUGCAACAACAGCUCUCUAGCAAGCGCUCAUCCAAUCACCGAAAUACGCACGUCCAGUGUCGAAGUAAGCCCUUCUAGCUGGCCCUGCUACGCAGACUCGUGAUCUGAUUGGCUCUUGCAAGCUGACUGUGCCGGUUCACUUACAGGGCACAGGGGCCUGCUCCGUUUAAUCUGAAGGCCCCGAGCAAGUUUAAUUUACCUGGCAACACAAGCUAGCUGAAAUAUGAUUGGUUAAAACCUCUACCAUAAUAAAUAAGUUAUUAAUCGAGUGGCUUUCAAUGUUAUUUUAAAUAACAUUCAAUGUUUCAAUGUUAUUUUAAAUAACAUUGAAAGCCACUCGACUAAGUGGAAAUAAUAUGACGUAAAGAAUACAGAGAAUAAUUUUGUUUACAUAUUUAUGAAAAUAAAAUAACAUCAAUUAAAUUUAUGUUAUUCUCAGUAAUUUAAUUUAAUAAAUUUACUUUUCUGAGCAUGUUUAGGCCAGCAGAGAAGGCCUUGCUGGCCCUGACGGAACGCCACUGAUGUAUACAUAUUUUAAAUUCACUUUUUUUUUGCACAUAGGCUACCAUGAAUAAUGA